ACGCACACAACGGACCGGAAGCGACAUGCGGAGCUGCAACCAUCAACACAUAAAACCAUAAACCAUCAUAAAGCUGCUUCCGAUUCCUGCACAGAUGACUGGGAUGACUCUGCUGCUCUAAAGCGCAGAUCUCGGCACCAUUUAAGGGCACGCCUCGGCUAUUUAAUACAAGAUCAUUUUAGUCCAAAGAGCGAGUCAGACAGCUGAAGAUAGUCAAUCAUGAGUGCUAAAGCAGUGAGCUGCACAAUAAAGUCACCCGUGGCGCUGCAGAUUGGAGACGCUGUUUCUGAUUCCUCUCGCCCUGGCGUCUAUAUAACAGACAUCACCCUCGCCGAGCCCGUGAACAUUCAGGAAAUCUCUUUCAAGAACUACUACACGGCAUAUUUGACGGUCCGUUUGCAGCGGAGACAGGGCGGUUCUGCGAAGUGGGUUACUUGUUUGAGAAAUUACUGCCUGAUGAGCAACCCACACGCUGAGGCCGGGUCACAUGACUAUUUCUCCAUCUACAGACAUCAGAUGUUGACGGAGCCUGACAACGUGACCACAGUGAGACUCAUCUUGCGACAGCCCUCCUCCGAAUGGCUCAAUUUCAGCAUUGAGGAAAUUAACAUUUACCCGUGUGCAAAAGAGAAGGACUCGGAGCGAGACGUUCCUGUCUGGAUAUCCACUCUCACACCUGUAGAGGAACCUCUUGAUUUAAAUGGACUUCCUGAUCCAGAGACGGUUUCCUCCAGCAUUCAGCAGAUGUGGGCACUCACUGAGAUAAUGCAGGCGAGCCAAACCGCAGCUUCCAUCGGACGCUUCGACGUGGACGGCUCGUAUGAUGUCAAAUUGCUAUCGUACACAUGACGGGAAAGCUGAAAAUUUAACCAUAUUUCAAGAUCAUCGACUGUAUUCAGUUUAUAAUUACAUUUCUUAAAGUAGUGACUUAAAAUGUACUAUUUGGAUUACUGUUUACACACUAAUACAGUGUGUUUUAUUGAUGUUUUAUUUCAUAUUAUUUAUAUCUAUCUAUCUAUCUAUCUAUCUAUCUAUAGGCGUACUAUGCUUUUUUGAGCCGUCCAGCACAGUAUUAUUACUCGCAAGCAAUUUAAAAUUCAUUGGUCAAAAGUUAUGGAGAGCCUGUAUCUUAUCAGUUAAUAUUUAAAUUAGUCAGAUUGCUUUAUGCACUUGUUACUUGAA